AUGGCGCCCAAUUUUGCGGAUUCCUUUUGGUCGGGAGAUUAUGCUGGAGGUCUUGGUGUCCUGUUCGGCAAACUGCAGCAAGGUGUCGCCGAAAACCAACAAGUUCUGACCAUUGCGCGAAUGCGUGCGGAAGCCGAAGAUGUCUAUGGGAUGAAAUUGGGAGAUAUUGGAGCAGCAACAGACAAAAUAACAGGCGGUUUCGGUAGAGAUGAUGGAGCAAGUGUCAGAAAGGCAUACGAUGGAGUACGGACAGAAAUGGAAGAAGCUGCCAAAAAUCACCGCAAAAUCGCACAAAGCAUUCGAGAUCUAGUCGUCGCCCCCUUUUCGCGCUGGUGUGAUGCACACGAAAAUCGAGUUCAAAAUUCACAGGAUGACCUACAAGCCCGGAUAAAACUUCACGACAAACAAGCAGAGCUGGUCAAGAAGCUGCGUAGUCAUUACUUUAAUAAGUGUCGGUUGGUUGAAGAUAUUGAAGAGGAAAACAAACUUGCUUUCCAGGAUCCAGAAACCAGUCCGAAGGCUAAGAUUCCAGAGAUUAAGGUUGGCGAUAAGGACGAUGAAGAGGAUGACCAAUCUUUAGAGAUUGGUGACGAAAUCUACAAUUCGGAACAAGUCAAGAAGAUUUUGACACACCUUCUACAAACAAUCAAAUUGGUCGAUACAAAAGUUCCAAUCUUGGGCACAUAUCAAAAUACAACAUGCGGUGCAGAUAUAGUGGAAUACUUUCAGAAAUUCAUGGGAGCAACAAGUGUCAGUCACGCUGAACGCAUUGGACAGGAUUUGGUAUCGCAUGGCUUUUUACGAUUGAUUGGAAAUGUUGGAAAUGUUUUCGCAAAUAGUUCCAAGAUGUUCUACCAAUGGCGACCAAAGGGUUUCCAAUUGACAGGAAUUCCCGAAAAGAAGCCCCAAGUUGGCCGCACUUUCUCUAUCGCAUCUAAUUCCGAUUUUGUAGAUUCUCCUGCUGUUGGAUCGGUCUCUGAAUAUUUAGCGGGCUGGAAUCCUUUGAACAAUCAACAUCCAAACGAAACCCCAGGCGACCGUCUUCGCAGGGAAGCCGCAGAAGCAGAUGAGAGGUACAAGCAAGGUGUGAAAAAAUUGGAUCAUUUGCGAUGUCAAUUGGAGGAGGCUAUCUUCGAGCAUUUGAGAUAUUUGGAACGUUGUGAGCUUGACAGACUCAAGGCUAUCAAGACCAUUAUUCUCGACUUUUCCGGAACGAUCAGCAACGUCAUUCCCAGUCUGCAAUCAACAGUCGAUAAGAUGAUGCUUUACCAAGAAACCGUACAACCUCUUGGAGAUUUGCGAUAUCUUCUCGAAAACUAUCGCACUGGUGGUUUCGCGCCAAAGGUUAUCGUUUACGAGAAUUAUUACAACUCUGCAGAUGAACAAACUUUUGGUGUUGAUCUAGAAGCUCGGGCUCGCGGAGACAGAAAGAGGGUACCAGUCAUCAUUACCACUAUUCUCACCUUCCUCGAUAACAGAUAUCCUGAUCUUGAAGGCGAUCCAGCUAGGAGAAGUGUCUGGUUGGUUGAUGUUCCCCUUCAUCAAACCCACCGAGUACGAGAUGUGCUCAACACUGGAAAACCAUUCCCUAUUGAAACUUUGGAGCCAUAUGAAAUCCCUAUUAUUGCAAGCGUUCUUAAAUUGUAUUUACUGGAAUUACCAGAUUCUUUAGUGUCAUCUCAUGUUUACGAAAUUAUGAAAACAAUCUAUUCAACGCCAGCAUCCGAAUCUACCGACUCAGCUCGAAUCUCAGUCCUACAAAAUACCCUCAGUCAACUUAGGUUGGCCAACAUUGCUACUUUGGAUGCCCUCAUGACCCAUUUCACUAGAUUAAUUGAACUUACUUCCGCUGAUGAGACUUAUAUUUCCGAACUCGCGACCAUCCUUGCACCAUGCAUCCUUCGACCAAAGACUGAAACCUCAAUGACCAUGGAAGAAAAGUAUUCAUACCGUCUGAUUCGUGAUCUCUUUGCUCACAAAGACGCUAUCUUCUCUGAGCUUAAGCGAGCUUCAUCGCUCAAUUCUGCGUCAAACAUUGAUACCCGAAGACCUAGAGCUAUCAGCACCGAUGAAAGCAACAGACGAGCCAACAUGGAAGCCAGACAAAAAGCAAUCAUUGCAGCUGGUGGGGCAAGAAGUCGCGCCACUAGUCCUGCGCCAAGCCCACGUGGUCACCGUAGAGAUAGAAGUUCAGGACCACCCGCAGCUGAGACUCGAUUCCCGGUACAAACAUCGCCCACAGCCACGACCGAUUCAACAAGAAACUCCCGAGGAAGCGUGAGACAAAGUCUCGAAGUUCCAUCGUCAGCCGAAGCUAGUCCAGUCGUCGAACCAAAACCUUCUCCUUUGUCACCAUUGGCCAAUGGAGCAGAAACUAGCACCCCCAGUGUUACAAGUGCUACAUAUAUGCCUGGGUCUGGAGACGGAAUCGAGGAACCCACUGUAGAAAAGAGGACUAGUCUUUCAAAUGUGUCUAGUCUUCCAAAUGUGGAAAAGAGAAACAGUUUAGGACGAAGUGGUCAAGUUUCGAGGAAUAGCAUAGGAAGAAAACCUUAUGGAAAUGUUGCAAGAAUGAGCAAGAAUUUCGAUAUGGUAGCAGCUGGUAACAGAGACAGUGUAGGAAGCAUUGGCGAGGUGCCAGAACCUGCUGCGGAACAAAAGGUUGGGGUUAGUCUUGAGGACAAGCCUAUGGAUGAUUAG